CCCAUCCCCCGCCCUGUUUUCUCUUCCAUGCAAAAGUGUAACAGUUUUUAUCAGUUAAUAACGGAAAAUAGAAAAAAAUAAUUGAUAAAAAAGAUGCACCUUUUCUCUCCCUCCUCUGCUGCUUCUUCUUCUUCCUCGAAAUCAAGUUUCAGUCUCUUCACUUCCUCUCAAAAUCCUAACCACAAAUACGUAAAUUACACUUCGAAUUUCUCAUUCAAGAUCCCUUCAAAGACUGUUACAAUCCCAUGCUCAUCCAAGCAAUCCUCUCUCGUCCUCGACCAGAGACCACUCUCCACCGAAUCAUCAUCAAUAAACAGAAAACCAGUUUCACAUACCGAACGCAAUACUGAAUCGGAGAAAGAUUCUGUAGAGGGACUACUCGUGGUUCGCAGGCCGGCGGUGGAGGUUCCCGGUGAAGAUUCAAGCCAGAAUAGUGAUAAUGUUAAUGACAAUGAGAAGAAAUCUUCAGCUAUCAUUGAUGCUGGUCUCGAGGACUUCGCAAAGAAGAUGCCGAUUUUUGAACCUGAGAGGGUGGAGGCGGGUUCAUCUUCUCAAGGGAAGCCUCUAGCGGUGAAUUUGGAUUUGGCGUUGUACAAGGUCAAGGUCUUAUGCAGAAGUUAUAGGUAUGCAGAAGCUCAAGAGAUACUAGAAAAGUGUAUUAGCUACUGGCCAGAAGAUGGGAGGCCAUAUGUUGCAAUGGGAAAGAUACUUAACAAGCAAUCAAAAAUAGUAGAAGCAAGAGCUGUGUACGAGAAAGGGUGUCAGGCAACUCAAGGAGAAAAUGCCUACAUUUGGCAGUGUUGGGCUGUUUUGGAAAAUAAGAUAGGUAAUAUAAGGAGAGCAAGAGAACUGUUUGAUGCUGCCACAGUUGCUGACAAAAGACAUAUAGCUGCUUGGCAUGGUUGGGCAGUUCUGGAGCUAAAAGAGGGAAAUGUCAAGAAGGCAAGACAAUUACUUGCUAAAGGCCUCAAGUUUUGUGGUGGAAAUGAGUACAUAUACCAAACACUAGCAAUGUUGGAAGCCAAAGCAAAUCGUUUUGAGCAGGCCCGUCAGUUAUUCAGGCAAGCCACUAAGUGUAAUCCAAACAGCUGCGCCAGUUGGUUGGCAUGGGCACAAUUGGAGAUGCAACAAGAAAAUAACCUUACUGCUACACAACUAUUUGAGAAAGCGAUACAAGCUAGUCCUAAGAACAGGUUUGCAUGGCAUGUAUGGGGAGUUUUUGAAGCUAAUAUGGGCAAUAUUGAUUUGGCAAGAAAACUUUUGAAGAUAGGUCACACACUCAAUCCAAGAGAUCCUGUUCUGCUUCAAUCUCUUGCUUUAUUGGAAUAUAAACACUCUACUGCAAACCUUGCACGACUCUUGUUCAGGAGAGCGUCUGAAUUGGAUCCAAAGCAUCAACCUGUAUGGAUUGCCUGGGGAUGGAUGGAAUGGAAAGAAGGAAAUAUAUCCGCUGCUAGAGAAUUAUACCAAAGAGCUCUAUCAAUUAACUCAAGUAGUGAAAGUGCUGCUAGAUGUCUACAGGCUUGGGGUGUUCUAGAACAAAGAGCUGGUAACCUAUCCUUAGCUCGUAGAUUAUUUAGAUCAUCACUUAAUAUAAAUUCUCAGAGUUACAUUACAUGGAUGACAUGGGCUCAAUUGGAGGAGGAUCAAGGAAAUCCUGUGCGGGCUGAGGAGAUCCGCAACCUAUAUUUUCAGCAGCGAACUGAAGUUGUCGAUGAUGCUUCAUGGGUUAUGGGGAUUUUAGACAUCAUUGAUCCAACACUUGACAGCAUAAAAAGACUCCUGAAGUUGGACCAGAGCCCAUAUGGUAAGACACAGGAAGUUUUGAGUAACAUAACAGGAGAAAGUGAAACAAGUGUUGAUGUUACUUCUAGGAAUAAUACCGAUGGAAAUUUCAUAAAAAGUGGAACUGGGUUUGAUUUGGAUUCUUUCAUUCAGAAAAGGUUGUCUCUUGAUCCAACCAAGUUGGAUAUUCAGCUUCAAGCCUCUGGAAAUCCAGCACCAUGGAGAGUCUCAGGAAGAAGACUAUGGGUAUCAGAGAAGCGAAAAGCUUCAAAAUAUCGAAUUAAUACGAGUUGAUACUUAGAAAAUUGAUAACUGUGUACUCAUUGACAUUGUACACAAAUUGUAAAGUGUUUAUCAAAAUUAAAUGAAAUGUUAAAAUGCCUUCAAUAUUAA